UUUUACACGUGCUAUUCGGCCAUACUGUCUUAAGUCUGCUAGUUGACAUUGCACGUUAUCUGUAGAUGUGCACCGCCAUGUUGGAUUUACUUUACUGAAAAUAACUGUCUUCUCGUAUUAGUUGAAUAACACUAAUUAAAAACAAUGGCUGAUAUUGAAGACACUCACUUUGAAACUGGAGAUUCAGGAGCAUCUGUAACAUACCCUAUGCAAUGCUCAGCUCUUCGAAAGAAUGGUUUUGUAAUGCUUAAGUCUCGUCCAUGCAAGAUAGUUGAAAUGUCUACUUCAAAGACUGGUAAACAUGGACAUGCUAAAGUUCAUCUUGUUGGUAUAGAUAUAUUUAAUGCCAAGAAGUAUGAAGAUAUAUGUCCAUCUACUCAUAAUAUGGAUGUGCCUUUUGUUAAGAGAGAGGAUUAUCAGCUUACAGACAUUUCAGAUGAUGGGUACCUCUGUCUGAUGGCUGACAAUGGAGAAUUGCGUGAAGACUUAAAAAUUCCUGAAGGGGAGUUGGGUGCACAGCUUAGAGCUGAUUUUGAUGCUGGAAAAGAACUACUGUGCACUGUGUUGAAAUCCUGUGGUGAAGAAUGUGUGAUUGCUAUUAAAACUAAUACAGCAUUGGACAAAUAAUUAAAGGCUGUGGAUCAUGGAAGGAAAGCGAUGGUUAAUGCUAUGAGUACUAUCAGGGCGUUUGUUGGGCGUGGUAUUGUCACUGUUCCAUACGCUAAAACAAUUUACUCCAAAAUUAAUGUAGCUAUUGGACUCAUGUUAUCAAAGCUUGUUUAAUUUUGUGAUUACCCCCUGGUGUAAUAAGCAUUAUGUUGAAAUAAAUUUCAUGAUAUUAUAAAAGAUUUUACAAGCUACAGGCCUCAGUCCUGAAGAAUUGUAACUUGAUAUCACUGUACUGCUGCAAUUCCAUUCCAUAGUUACUGCCCUGCUAUCAAGGAUUAUUGAAAACAUUGAAAUGUGCUUUUAACCUUGAGGCCCUAUUGUGAACUCGUUUUCUCGAGUAUGGAGUAGUAGCAAAUGUUAACCUGCUUUAACAGUACAAAUUGGUAAUUUGUUAAUAAGAUAUCCACAAGCUUAGUUGAACAGACAUUGCUGUGAAAGAGUAAGGGAACAGUGAAGGAACAGUUCAUUUAUUUGGAAUAUAAAUUCUAUGCAUCUGCAUACCAACACAUUUUGUGCAGCAAUCUAUUGUGCAUCACAUAAUCCCUUUCUGAAACUGAAUAAAACAUUUCAUAACAUUUUAAAUCUGCUUUCAACAUUAGUGUAUUCAACAUGCUGGAGUUGGAGAAAAAUAACAAGCAUUCCUGUCAUGAAUUUGGAAAACAAAUCAGGUGAUGAAUAAAAUGGACAUUGAAUCUUCAGAAUCUUUUUAUUCAUAGCUCAGUUAACCCAAGCUAAUAUCAAUAAGCUUUUGUUUGCUGUUAUUGCUGAUUACUUUUAAACAUUUGUUUUACUCAAAUUUUGACUAUGUUAAUGUAGCUAUUUGCUUAGUUCAGUUUCACAGUGAAUUACAAAUAGUUAGGGUGUACAUAAUGGAUGUGCAAUCAAUAGCCUACAUGUUUGUGUGCAUUUUGUCAAGCACAAAUUUAGCUAAAUACUUAAAAUAGACCUCGUUCGUUUAAAUUUCUUCUACCUUGAGACUCAAACUAUUCGGCACUCUGCAGUGCAUAACAUUUCAGCAAUUUAUCAAGAUCCGUUUCUUGUUUGUGAGGGAGGUUAUUUUGAUAUUUCAUUGCAAUGAUUUGUGAAGUAUUAUACAACUAGGGAAAUAUCUGCCACUUUAUAAUUUAUUCCUGAGAUUGUCAUUUUUUAUUUGUAAUCAAUCUGUGUUAUAAAUAUUGUGUACCAGGUGCUCGUAAAUUUGUAAUUAAACUUUUACUCAGAUUGUUGACGAGAAUUUCACAAUAAAGUUUUCUUACUAUA